AUUCGUAAGCUUGAUAGAAACAUGGGUUUGUUUAAAAAAAAAAUAAAGGAAAACUUGAACGAACCGCAUAAUUUUAAUUUAAUUAUAGAUUCAUAUUCUGAUGACAUAAAACAAAAUGAGACUUCAAAUGAUUUUGUUCAACUAACCACCGAAAAUUCGUCUCCGAAGCAAUCUAUUAAAAGUUCUGAGGUAUUGUUUAAGAAAAGCCCAACUUCUUCUAAAAAGACUACUAAAAAAGAAAAACCAAAAAAGAAAGGCAGCAAAAAAGUUAAAGUGAUAAACGAUCGACAUGUGGAAAAUUUGGAUGACAAGCCUUUUGAAUUAAAUAUGAAACACAUUAGCUUAGAAAACCUUCCUUUAAGAAGACCAAGUACCGUCAGUAUAAAUUUAUUAACACUUAAUGAAAAUUUAACCAAAGUUGAUUUUGACAAGGAAGAUGCCCCUUUAAAGGUAUUUAACACCGAGAAAAUUAACAACUGCGCGUUAGAAAAUUCGGAUGAAACAAGUUCCUCAGAUGAAUUUAUUAAAAUGCGUGAUAGAAAAAAAAAUGUUUUGAAAGGUAAACCUGCCUACAAAAGCGUUAAAUUUCGUCAGCAAAGACAACGUAAUAACAGCAUAUUAUACCAAAAAAAUCGUAUUGAAAAAGUGUCUGUAGCAAGACAAUCAAAGCGAGGAAUUAGGCAACAAGCCAGUCGAAGUAUAAAGUCAGCUAAAACCCGAACACCAAAUAAUCGAGCCCAACGCAUUAUCAGGCCAGUGCCAACUCGGUUUACCCCAAUACAUAAUCAAUGGUUAAGCGAAACAAAUUUACACAAAGUGCGGAAAUCCAGUGUGAGUAGAUCUGUACUGAGCUUACCUGAUUCUUAUGAGCAAGAUCAUGGUAGAGAAUUGCAAAUCAACGAAACUGAUAAAAAAGAAUUUAAAAUUACUAUAGACGUUCAGUGCUUUUCUACUGAUGAAAUAAUAAUUGCUUUAAAAGAUGGGCGGCUGAUUAUAAAUGCAAAACACUUUUUUAAAACAGAAUUCGGUUUUGAAUUUUACCAGAUGCAUCGAUCCUAUCCCUUACCAAGAGGCGUACAAAAAUCUGAAUUAUUUACUAAAAUUAGUAAAGAUGGAGUCCUGGAAAUAAAAUGUAUUCCUGAAACGUAAUAAAAACAGAAGAUGAAUAGGUGACAUUUGAGAUUUUACAGUCUGAAAAGAAAACAAAAAAAAACAAAAAAAAAUUUGCAAAAAAAAAUUCGACAAAAACUCAGUUCUAAUAACAGUUAGAUAAGACAUUCCGUAAAAAUUCAAAUCAGCAGAGAAUUUAUGUUCAAAGAUUUCAAUCAAUCUGGAUUUUUUUAAGCUCACAAUUUUUGAUUAAAAAAAAUAACAGAAACAUUUAAACUUUUUUUUUAUAACUUGCACUACGUUAGUAUU